AUGCGGGGGGGGGGGGUGGCGAAAGGCUGGAUUCCAUUAGGGGAGUCUGUCGGCAAGGAGGCACAGCUGGCUAUGCGGCUGAGCCUGCUGCUGCUCCUGCUGUGGGUCAGCCCCCCACCCGCCCCAGGCAUGGAGGACAGCGCCUUCCCGCACCCUGGGGAGAGCGUGCGCCCCCUGCCCUGGGCCUGCCCCCCUCGCUGCUCCUGUCUCCGCUUCGACAUGGUGGAUUGUGGGGGCCUGGGGCUGAGGGUGUUCCCCUCCAACAUCAGCAAGAAGGCACAGCACCUCGCGCUACAGAACAACCAACUCCAGGAGCUCCCCUACAACGAGCUGUCCCGCCUCAGCGGCCUGAGAACCCUCAGCCUACACAACAAUCUCCUCUCCUCGGAGGGCCUGCCCGACGAGGCAUUUGAGUCCCUCAACCAGCUGCAGCACCUCUACUUGGCACACAACAGGCUGUCCAUGGCGCCCCAGUUCCUGCCCACCUCCCUCCGCGUGGCCGACCUGGCUGCCAACCAGGUGACAGAAAUCUUCCCACUCACCUUUGGGCAGAAGCCCGAGCUCAGGUCCGUGUACCUGCACAACAACCAGCUGAGCAACGAGGGGCUGCCUGCCGAUGCCUUCCAGGGCUCCCCGCUCCUCACCACACUCAGCUUGUCCAGUAACCGGCUGCACUAUGUGCCACCCAGCUUGCCGCCCUCGCUGGAGGGGCUCCAUCUGCAGGACAACCUGAUCGCCAAGGUGCCCCGAGGAGCACUGAGCCUGCAGACGAAGCUCCGAGAGCUGCAUCUGCAGCACAACAAGCUCACGAACAAUGGCCUGGAUGCCACUGCCUUCAGCAAGCUGUGCCGGCUGGAGUACCUGGAUCUGUCCCACAACCAACUGACAGCGGUGCCGGCGGGCCUGCCCCCCACCCUACUCCUCCUGCACCUGGGCCGGAACCAUAUUGGCCACGUGGAGGCAGCGCGGCUGCGCGAGGCCCGCGGCCUGCGCUACCUCCUCUUGCAGCACAACCCCCUGGGGGUGGCGGGGCUGCCGGCCGGGGCUCUGCGGCCGCUGCGGGAGCUGCACACGCUCCACCUCUAUGGCAAUGGGCUGGAGCGUGUGCCGGCCCGGCUGCCCCGCCGCCUGCGCGUCCUGAUGCUGCCCCACAACCGCGUGGCAGCGCUGGGCGCCCGCGAUCUGGCCGCCGUGCGGGGCCUGGAGGAGCUCAGCCUGGCCUACAACCUCUUGGCCAGCGCCCGCGUGCACCCGCGCGCCUUCUGCCGCCUGCGCGCCCUGCGCAGCCUCGACCUGACCGGCAAUAAGCUGACGCGGCUGCCCGCGGGGCUGCCCGCCGGCCUCCUCCGCCUGCGGCUGCAGCGCAACCAGCUGCGCGCGCUGGAGCCUGAGCCCCUGGCCGGCCUGGCCCGGCUGCGGGAGCUCAGCCUGGCGCACAACGGGCUGCGGGUGGGUGACAUCGGACCGGGCACCUGGAACGAGCUUCAGGCCCUCCAGGUCCUGGACCUCAGCCACAAUGCUCUGUCCUUCGUGCCCCCUGACCUGCCUGAGGCCCUGGAGGAGCUGCACCUGCAGGGCAACCGCAUCCGCCAAGUGGGCGCCCACGCCUUCCUGGGCACACCCCGACUGCGCUUGCUCUUGCUCAGGGACAACCUGCUCCACAGGACGAGCGUUGCCCCCGAGACCUUCCUGGACCUCCUGCACCUGCGCCUGGUGGACACAUCGGGGAACCCUGAGCAGGUCUUGGUGCGGCUGCCGCCCCCAGGCCCGCGACGACCCAGGACAGGGGUCCUGGUGGCUGGCGGGAUGGCCAGCUGA